ACUUCUGCCCCAGCUGUGGCAAUGCCGGAUCCUUAACCCACUGUGCCAGGCUGGGGAUUGAACCCGCAUCUCAGCAGCAACCUGAGCCACUGCAGUGGAUCCUAACUCACUGUGCCAUAGCGGGAGCUCCUGCCCUGGCUUUGUGAGUGCACUUUGAAGGUGCUGGAACCCUCUAGUCUGUCUGAUCAACUUGGUCUCUUGUGCUUCAAGGGCUGGUGAAGACACCCCUCCCUGCUGAGGCCUUCUGAGCCAGCCUUGGCACACAUCUCCAUUUUCCUACCUCAUAAAGGAUGCUGUCUGUCUCCUCCAUGUGGCUGAACCACUGCAUUCAUCUUUCGGCCCCCAUGCCUAGCACAGCACUUAGUAUGGGCGCAAUAAAAUUUUGUUGAAGAAAGAACAUUCAAUCUGUAAGGUUAAGUCCUAUCCAAAUCUUAGGUUUGAGAAAUAAUUAUUAGCAAAAACCAUCUCGAGCAUGUCAUGGACCCAUUUAGUCUUUGAGAAUUUUAUCCUCAGAUCUGGCCAGCCAGUUGCAGCCAGGUGCCUGGAGAGUGCUGUUCCCCAGGCCCCAGGUCCCUUUUACCAGUUCGGCUCAUGCCUGGACUGGUGCUGAGGGACAGUGUAAGAAAGAGCCACGUAACUCUUCUGCCAUGUUUAUGGCAUGGCCAUCUAAGGGGGCCACUGUUUAUGACAUCUCACAGGUCAUCUUCUUGAGAUCCAUGAGAAAAAGUUCUGUGAUCUCUAUGCCAGGGACAUGUUGGCUUCUUUUGCAUAUGAUGGUGUUUUUCACUUUGCAAAGUGAGUUAUUUCGUUCCUGUGAAGCUCAAAGUCUGUGACCUACUUUCUAUGAUGGGCACUACCCCUGCCUAGCUGUGUACUAACUUUGCCCCAUCUUUUCUAGAAGACAUUUCUGUCUAUUCUAAACAAUCUUUCUGGGUUGCCAUGGAUCACUUUGGGAACGAAGCAGGUGGCAGCACCUGUUCUGGACACACAGAGCUGGGUCUGGAAUCCAGGUGCUCAUCAGGCAGAGACUAAAAGAGACCAAGUGGAAAGGGAGUGAAUUCUUCUGGGUCAGCCUCUGGGUUUCCCAGGGACCAUGAGGCACCGCCAGGUUCACUGGCAUCCCUCACUUCAGGCCCAAAGGGGGCCCUGGAGCCUCAGGAAGGCUAAGGUGUAGAGAGCCCUCAGGACCCUCAAACUGCUGGGCUCCCCCUAGGCCAGGGGCCUUUACACAACCCCAGAGCUUCUAGUGCAUCACACGUGGCAGGUGUGCAGCAAUUAUCUGUUACUGAAUGAGCGCCACCUGGGUUUGACUAGUCCCAGGACCGGCCCGGGGCACCCAUUGCCUGAUCCUUCACUACAAUAGGGCAGAACGUAAAAGGACGGACCAUGUGUUCUAGAGGGAGGGGCUGGAGCAAAAUAAUAGUCGUUGCCUAGAAAGUGAAGUUAGGGCCAAACGUGUCAUUUAUCUUGGCUCUGAGCAAAGUAUUUUCAGAUAACUUUAAUUACUGGACUUGAGGAGCAAGUCAAAUAUGGUGUUUUGGGGGCCGGAAGACAGCUCUGUCGAAGAUGCACUGGACACCGGAGCACGCCCAGCCCCUCAACCAGUGGCCAGAGCAGCACCUGGACGUCUCCUCCACCACCCCGUCGCCGGCCCACAAGUUGGAGUUGCCCCCUGGGGGUCGCCAGCGCUGCCACUAUGCCUGGGCACACGACGACAUCUCUGCCCUCACUGCCUCCAACCUCCUCAAGCGCUACGCAGAGAAGUACUCAGGGGUCCUGGACUCGCCCUACGAGCGUCCCACCCUGGGCGGCUACGGCGACGCCGCCUUCCUCAACGGCGCCAAGGGGGACCCCGAGCCCUGGCCGGGGCCGGAGACCCCCUACCCCUUGGCCUCGCUCCACGAGGGCCUCCCGGGAACCAAGUCGGGCAGUGGGGGCGGCUCCGGGGGCCUCGGGGGUUCGCCCGUUUUAGCAGGGAACCUGCCUGAAUCCCUCUACGCCAGCAACACAUGUGGCGGCCCGUCGUCGGCGCCCGAGUACGCGGCGGGCUACGGCGGGGGGUACCUGGCGCCCGGCUACUGCGCGCAGACGGGCGCCGCGCUGCCCCCGCCGCCCCCAGCCGCGCUCUUGCAGCCCCCGCCCCCGCCAGGCUAUGGCCCCUCGGGGCCUCUGUACAACUACCCCGCAGGGGGCUACGCCGCGCAACCGGGCUACGGGGCCCUCCCGCCGCCGCCGGCCCCGCCCCCGGCCCCCUACCUGACCUCCGGCCUGGCGGCGCCCACGCCCCUCCCCGCGUCCGCCCCGCCCCGGCCGGCGCCCGCCUCCUACGGCUUCCAGGCGGCCGCGGAGGCCGGGGUGUCGCUGAAGCGCAAGGCCGCCGACGAGGGCGCCGAGGGCCGCUACCGCAAGUACGCCUACGAGCCCGCCAAGGCUCCGGCGGCCGACGGCGCUUCCUACCCAGCCGCGGACAACGGCGAGUGUCGGGGCAACGGGUUCCGGGCGAAACAGCCGGGAACCGCGGAGGAGGCGUCGGGCAAGUACGGCGGCGGCGUCCCCCUCAAGGUACUGGGCUCCCCUGUCUACGGCCCGCAACUCGAGCCCUUUGAGAAAUUCCCGGAACGGGCCCCGGCGCCGGCUCCCCGCGGCGGCUUCGCAGUGCCGUCGGGGGAGCCUCCCAAAGGUGUGGACCCGGGGACCCUGGAACUGGUGACCAGCAAAAUGGUGGACUGCGGGCCGCCCGUGCAGUGGGCGGACGUGGCGGGCCAGGGCGCGCUCAAGGCGGCGCUGGAGGAGGAGCUGGUGUGGCCCCUGCUGAGGCCGCCCGCCUACCCGGGCAGCCCGCGCCCGCCGCGGACCGUGCUCCUCUUCGGGCCGCGGGGCGCCGGCAAAGCGCUGCUGGGCCGCUGCCUGGCCACACAGCUGGGCGCCACGCUGCUGCGCCUGCGCGGAGCGACGUUGGCUGCGCCGGGCGCCGCCGAGGGCGCGCGCCUCCUCCAGGCUGCCUUCGCGGCUGCGCGCUGCCGCCCGCCAGCGGUGCUGCUCAUCAGCGAGCUGGACGCGCUGCUGCCCGCCCGGGACGACGGCGCGGCCGCCGCGGGCGCGCUGCAGGCGCCACUCCUGGCCUGCUUGGAUAGCGGCUGCGGCGCAGGGUCCGACGGCGUGCUGGUCGUGGGCACCACCUCGCGUCCCGCGGCCCUGGACGAGGCGACCCGCCGGCGCUUCGCUCUCCGCUUCUACGUGACGCUGCCCGACGGCCCGGCCCGCGGGCAGAUCCUGCAGCGGGUGCUGGCCCAGCAGGGCUGCGCGCUGAGCGAGCGGGAGCUGGCGGCCCUCGUGCAGGGCACCCAGGGCUUCUCUGGGGGCGAGCUGGGGCAGCUGUGCCAGCAGGCGGCGGCCGGGGCGGGCCUCCCGGGGCUGCAGCGCCCCCUCUCUUACAAGGACUUGGAGGCGGCGCUGGCCAAGGUGGGCCCUAGGGCUUCGCCCAAGGACCUGGACUCCUUCGUGGAGUGGGACAAAAUGUACGGUUUCGGACACUAAUGGCGCGCCGGGAGGCCGUGGGAGCCACUGCCCCUUCCCCGCCCCCUCUGUUCGGGAGAGCCGGCUUUAACCCCUCCGGGCUGGGGGGUACCGGAGUGAGGGAUGUGGGGUGGAGGACAAGUGUGGGCUGCCGGUGGGUUCUUGUUUUUUUUUCGUGGGAAGGAAAAUGCUUCUGCUAGGCAGAUAGAUGCCAUAUGCGCUGUGUACUCAGGUUUUUCCUAUUUAUUGUGGACGGGAAGCUCGCCAUCUCCGCCCCGCGGACGCCGGCCCGGGGCCUAAGGAACUCCUGCUCUCUCGCCACAAUCCUUUUGUCCCCUCGCUCUCUGAAUGGCUCCCUCCCCCUCCCCCACUUCCCCGUUUCUCUGCCUGUAGUUUUCUUUCCCCGUCGCUUUGUCACAGACCGUACCCCUCCCCACCCCCCGCGCUGGCCCAGUUUCUCUUUUGCCCCUCCCGCCUCUGUCUCUCCAUCUAUCACCCUCUGUGUCUCUGUCUCCGUCCCUUGCUCUCCAGCCUCUCCUGGUCUUUUGGUUCCUCGCCCCGCUUCUGCCCCUUUCAAUCCGACUGCAGUGUCCCUUUGCAGAUCUGGAGGUCCAGGAGCUGGGGGUGGGUGGGGAGGGAGCCCUCUCCCACCCAGUAUCCCUCACCCAGCUGGAACCUUGGGUCUGUGGGAGACAAGCAAAAGAAGAAAAAAGACCACCCAAAGAAGGGUUUUUUGGUUGUUUGUUUUCAAGGGGGGGAUAUCCCAGAAAUGUAGCUUGUUUAAUAUUUUAGGCCUCUUAUUUUUGUAAGAUGUGUAGAAUUUGCUGUUUUUCUUUUGACAACUCAGGAAGAAACUGACCUCAGAAAGAAUGUUAGAUUUUGGCUGCUCUCCUGUGUGUGUCCCACGGCCCCACCCCUUCAUCCCUAGGGAAGCAAAUUCUCCCAAAAGACUCAAAAGUGAAACCUGUGGAGAAGGGGCGAGGGAGACCUAGAGGCCUCGCCUAAACCCCUGUGCUUCUUGAGACAGAAGCAGAAUGUAUUGCCAGGGCUUCCUCCUCUGCUCCAAGGGUACAGGUGGGGGCGAGAGGGAUGGGGUUGUGGAAUGUGAGCAGAGGUGGGACUCGCUCACUUCCUGCUGCUCUUCCCAAGCUUAGGAGGGUGUUUACUGUGGAGGGCUGGUUAUCCGGGCUUGGGGAUGCCCUUGCCACUGCCUGCCCCAGACCCAGAAAGUUGGCAGAGAGGGCCCAGGUGAGGAGAUGACGCAGGCAGAGAGUCCUCAGAAAGAUCAUCUCACCUGGCCCUGGCCCAGGCAGAAGUCCCCUGUAACCUAAGGCUAAGAGGAUUUCCCCCGAAGGGCAGGUGGUCUGGCCACAAGUCUGGUUGGGCACAAAAUGGGCUCAGCUUGCCUGGUCUGGUGGGAGGCCCUGAGGAGGGGGUCAGUGGGUGUCCCUUACAAGAUAGGUUUCUGUGGGGAUUUGUUCGUCUUCCAUUCUGCCAGGGUCCUAAGUCUAGAGCUCCAGGGGUUAGGAGGCAGUGGAGGAGAUGGGCAGGCUGUUUUCCCUGAAUACACGUUGGGGGUGUGUUUCUCCCCCUCCCCCCACCGCUUUCCACAGGAAGCCCAGGCCCAUCGCCCUGUUCCUCUCCUCCCCAUCACCUUGCCCUUGAUGGGGCUUCUGCAGGUUGCCCCUCGCCCUCAGGGAGCCCAUUUCACAACUCUGCCCUGUGGUCUAAAGGCAGGGGGGACAAGCCGCCAACCCCCCUCCCUCCCACCCCAGCCGCCCUUCCUGUCGCCACCCCCCCCACCUCCUGCAGUCUCUGAACCACCUCCCACUCCCAGCUGGAAGGAAGGCCUUCAUGGGGGACAUUUCAGGUGCCAAGGUGCUGAGGGCCGGCGCUGGCCUCGGAGUGCUACCAGGAAAGCUGCUCAUUUUCUCCCCUUUUCCCCCUUGGUCCCUGGCCUUCCUCUCCUUGGAGCGGGCCGGUUGCAGGGCUUUGGUGUCUCAGAAGCAGUGGGCGCAGGGUCUGGGGGAAGCAGGGAGCGAGCAGGUUCUCUCAGGUGUGUAUGUGUAUUUUGCGGGGGGGUGGAGGGCGUUGGGGAGGUGGGGUUGGGAUCCCAGCCUUCCCUUCAAAGGGCAGGCAGCUCUGGGGGCUGGGGGGAAGCGCUCACCAACCGGCACCCAGGGCCCCCACCGCCGCCUCUCCUGGCCUUGGGGAGCUUUGCACAAGAGACAGCCCCCAAUCUGCCAGCACCUACCUCACGGGCACUGGGGCGGGCGGGGGAAGGGCAGGUCCAGCUCCGGCAGUGCUGAGGGAGCAUACCAAAGAAUCCGGGGGCAGGGGUGGGGUGAGGGCAAGCUGGCCCUCUCCUUCCUCUACCCAGAUUGGGGUUGGGGUCCUCUCCUCCAGCUGUAACCAUUUCUACCUCAUUUUGCUGCGUGUUGUACGUGGAUGUAUUUAUCUCCUGUCUGACGAUGCUCUGCAGUUUGGUCCGUCUACCUCAGAAGAGACUGUAUUUUAAAAGAAAGUAUUACACAGUAUUAAAGCGAUGACACGUG